AUGCAGAUUUACUCACAGUACGAAAGAGUACUUAAAUUGAAUUCGCCGAAGACUGCUAAAGCCAAAAUUGAGAGAAUUGGAGCAACAUAUGUAAAUACUAACAUUUUUGAUGCUCUAUUUUCACCAAGUGUUACCGAUAACGAAAAGAAACAACAGGAAGAUCCCCCAGCAAAAAUUUUCGAGGAUUCACCUUUAGGUGACCUCCAAACACUUCAAAAAUCCACAGAAGAGCAAACCUACAAUAUAGAAGGGAGAAUCCAGAUGCGUAAGCCGACCACGGCUGACUCAGAGGAGUCACUGGAAUUCCAAGUUAGUCAGGAGAGCCAAGAUAGUCAAACAGGCGUAAGAGACUAUGACAUUACAACUCAAAAACUAAUAGAUGUCUUAGAAAGGUCUGGAGACUCUGUUAAAAGUACGGACUCCUUAAUGGAUACAGAAUCUAACCCUCAACUUAAACCAGGACAAAUCCCUUCUAAAAUUGGCUCUAAAUUCAUACAAGCUGCACAAAGCAUAACAUUUAAAACCAUAACAUUUCCUACAAAUGUAAAAAGUAGCCUCAACUUUGGCAACACUGCUACCCUAAACGAAAAUCCAGGAACCAGUAACACUCGAAAUAUGACAGAAAACACAGAGAACAUAUCAAAUUCGGCAGGAAGACCCUCAAACAGCAACAAAAGUAAAAUAAAUAUGCCACCAAUAGUCAUAGAUGGAAAAACAGCCAAUCAAAAUACACUUAUACGUGAUAUCAAGGCAAUGAGAAAAGGUGAAUUCAGUGUAAAACAUACUAAUUACACAACAAUAAUAUUCACAGAAAACAAAGACGAUCACGCGCAAGUACUGGCCAAAAUAAAAAACGACCAGGAGCCCUAUCACACAUACACCUCAAGGGAUGAUAAAUCCCAUGCAUUUGUCCUGCGUGGACUUGCGGAGGGAACAAAAAUCUCUAACAUAGAGGAAAAUCUUGAGGAGGAACAUGAUAUAAAAACCCGUGCUAUCUACCAGAUGGAGACCAAACGAAGGCCCCUAUUUCUGGUAAUAAUCGGACCCAGUGAUAACACUGGACUUUCUAAAUAA